UCUCUCUCUCUCUCUCUCUCUCUCUCUCUCCGUAGUCCUGUCCUCUCUGCGCUCUCUCCUCUGGUGUCACUGGGCCAUGGUGCGUAAAAAAGGCUCCCUCAUCCUCUGCGGCGCCUUCCUAUUCGUCGCCUGGAACGCCUUGCUCCUCCUCUUCCUGUGGGGGCGGCCUCCCAUUGGCCGGUUCGGGGAGGUGGGCGGCGCCGAGCCAGGCGGCAGGGAGGAGUGGGGCGCGGGCAGGGCCGGCAGAGGGGGCGGGGCCGACCUGGCGGGCGAAGUGAUCCGAUUGGCCGAGGAGGUGGAGUCGGAGCUGGAGACCCAGAAGCACCUGCUGAAGCAGAUCCAGAGCCACCGGUCGCUAUGGGAACGGCGGAAAGGGAAGGAGGUGGGGAAGCGGGAGAUGGUGGCGGUAAAGGAGGAGGAGAGGGAUGCCGUGGUGAAGGGGAGGAACCAGAACGGUGCGGAAAACGCCCAACAAGUUAUUGCCAAAGGCAGCCAGACUUCGCAGGGUCCUCCUCCUCCUCCUCCUGCUCCCGUCCACGAGGCCCAAGCGGGCGUCGCCGGGGAGGAGCCAGCGGGCACGGCGAGCGAGGGCCGGCCCGUCGCCGCGGCGACGCCGCCCGCAGCGGUCAUCCCCAUCCUGGUCAUCGCCUGCGACCGCGUGACGGUCCGGCGGAGCCUGGACAAGCUGAUCCAGUACCGGCCGUCGGCCGAGCAGCACCCCAUCAUCGUCAGCCAGGACUGCGGCCACGCCGACACGGCCCGCGUCAUCGGCUCGUACGGCGGCCAGGUGACGCACCUGCGGCAGCCCGACACGGCCGACAUCCGCGUGCGGCCCGAGCACAGGAAGUUCCAGGGCUACUACAAGAUCGCCCGCCACUACCGCUGGGCGCUCAACCAGGUGUUCCGCGUGCUGGCCUACGACAGCGUGGUCAUCGUGGAGGACGACCUGGAGGUGGCGCCGGACUUCUUCGAGUACUUCCGGGCGCUGUACCCGAUCCUGCGGUCGGACCCCACGCUGUGGUGUGUGUCGGCCUGGAACGACAACGGGCGGGACGGGCUGGUGGACGUGGGGAAGCCGGGGCUGCUGUACCGGACCGACUUCUUCCCCGGUCUGGGCUGGAUGCUGCUGAGCGGGCUGUGGGCGGAGCUGGAGCCCAAGUGGCCCGCGGCCUUCUGGGACGACUGGAUGCGGCAGCCGGACCAGCGGCGGGACCGGUCGUGCGUGCGGCCCGAGGUCUCCCGGACCAUCACGUUCGGCCGCAAGGGCGUCAGCCUGGGCCAGUUCUUCGACCAGUACCUGCGCUACAUCCGGCUCAACACGGAGUUCGUGCCUUUCGGCCGCCUGGACCUGUCCUACCUGGUGCGCGAGCGCUACAACGAGCGGCUGGAGCGGGAGGUGUACGGCGCCCCCCUGGUGCGGGUGGAGGAACUGCAGCAGAGCGGGGUGCUCCGGGGCGAGGGGCCCUUCCGCGUGCAGUACUCCAGCCGGGACAGCUUCAAGGUCCUGGCCCGGAACCUGGGCGUCAUGGACGACCUGAAGUCCGGGGUCCCCCGGGCCGGCUACCGGGGCGUGGUCAGCUUCCUCUCCCGCGGACGCCGGGUCUACUUAGCGCCUCCCCCAGGGUGGAGCCACUAUGACACCAGCUGGAGCUGA